AUGUCUCUCUUUGGGGGACAGGCCCAAUCAGGCGGGAGUCUUUUUGGCAACUCCGCGAAUAAGUCCAGUUCUUUUGGUGGAUUCGGUGCCAGCACCGCCCCGGCUACCCAGCCCAGCGGCGGAGGAUUGUUCGGGUCCACGCAGAACCAGCAGCAACAACAACAGCCACAGCAGCAGCAGACGGGCGGUCUUUUUGGCUCCGCUGCCACAUCUCAGCCUCAACAGUCCGGAGGGCUAUUUGGGUCGAGCACUGCCCAGAAGCCGGCUGGGUCCUUGUUUGGAGGUAGUUUCGGGCAGCAGCAGCAGCCCCAGCAGCAAACCCAACAGCAGCAACAGCCGCAGCAACAGACCGGUGGUCUUUUUGGCUCAUCACUGCAGCAGAAACCAGCAGGAAGUCUUUUUGGUGGCGCCGCUCCGCAGCAGCAGUCUCAACAGCCGGCAGCGGGUGGUGGUGGUGGACUUUUCGGGGGUCUAGGUGCGAGCACGCAGCAACAACCGCAACAACAACCCCAGCAGCAGCAGGGCGGCCUCUUUGGUGGCUCCCUUCUUGGCGGUCAGCAACAACAGGUGCAACAGCCGCAGCAAUCGCAACUUGGUCAGACUACCAUGACCCAGCCUCAGCAGCAACAGCAGUCCUUGUCAUCGAGUCUCUGGUCGCCUGGUCGCGCUAUCACUGGAGUCCACCGAACCGUCCCCAUGCAGAUCGCUAUCGUCAAGGACAAGUGGGAUGCACCCAGCCGCGAAUCCCCGUUCCGCGCCUACCUCUACAACCAUGUUGGCGAGGAAGCCGCGCCAUUCUACCAACCAGGCCCCGAAGAUGACGAGACCAAAUGGGAGGAGGCCCUUCGCAAGCGGCCGGGCCCCGGCUACGUUCCUGUGCUCGUCAAGGGAUUCUGGGAUCUCGGCAAGCGCGCUCAGCGACAGAAGGAUUUCCUGACCAUGAUGCAAGCACGUCUCCACGAGAUCAAUAAUUGCCUGACAGACCUGCUUUCUCGCCAUGACUUGAAGAUCUCUGUCAAAAUCGCAGACUGCCGCCGGAAGCAUCUGGUCCUGAGCAAGCGCUGCCUUGCCCUCGCGGCCAAAACUCAGAUUCUGCGCAACCGUGGAUACGCGAUGGACGACGCAGAGGAGGAACUGAAGAAGAAGCUGACCCAACUGGAGCGCUCUGUCUUCGACCCGUCGCUGAAUGGUCGUGGCGAGGAGAUCUGGGCUCGCAUGCUGGCCAUCCACGAGCACUCGAAGCGGCUGCAGGCAGAGAUGUCGCGUGCCGGUGGAAAUAUGGCCUCCCCGAUUCUUGAUGACUACCAUGCCCAAAUCCAGCACCUGCAGAAAGAGCUCGGAACGCUCAAGAAGGAUUUCGACGAAGCACAAAAGCUGAAUGGAAACUAA